UGAAAUUAUUGAACAAAGCACGUAAUUGGUACAGUCGAAGUAAAACGUGUUAUUUCACUAUCAUUUCAAUAGUUAAAAAUUAUGUAGUCUUAUUGUCCUAUCACAUUCGAAUUGAUGAAACACAAACGGAUCCCUGUAUAUAUAUUCGUUUUGCAGGAGUAUACGAUCACUCUCGAGUUUUCUCUUAGUAGACAACAAUGAACUCCUUCGCAGUCCUCUUCUUCUGCUUCCAGGCUUGCCUGGUUCAGACCGUGUUCGGAAUGUGCAACAGAGGUCUUCUGGGCCCGGCCAUCGCCGCCCCCGCCAUCGCUCCCCUCGGCGUGCCCGCCUGUGGCGCCGCUCUCGCUGGCCCUGCUCUAGCUCCCUUCGGCGUCCCCGCACUCGCCGCCCCCGGACUUGGCUGGGCUGGUCUGGCCGGUCCCGCCGUCGGCACCUACGGAGGCACUGGCAUCGGUAACGUGGCCGUCGCCGGCGAGCUGCCCGUGGCUGGUACCACCGCCGUCGCCGGUCAGGUGCCCAUCAUCGGCGCCGUCGGUUUCGGAGGCGACGCUCUCGCCGCUGGUGCUGUGUCCAUCGCCGGCAGCUGCGGUUGUGGAUGCGGUGCCCCCUACCUUUACUAAGAUCAUAUUUAUUGGUUAUGAAUGAAUCCUGAAUGUUAUAAAUGAAAUAAAUAUGCGAAAAUAAUAAUAUCAACUCAA